AUAACGGUGCCGACUACCGAUGCUUGGUAGUUGAUACCUCAUCCAGCCUAGGGCAGAUGAACCAACUCUGUGAAUACGUUAUGCAGCAUCACUGGCUGUCCUAUGAGCAAGGAUGACAACGCCAAUCACAUCGCAGCAGGGCAACGUCAAACAUGAGUUGAGAAAUUCAGGAUGAUUUGGCCAUUAUAGACUAACGUUCUGUGGUAUCCUAGGCCUGGGACAUUAGUUGUUUUUUCUCAAUUUUUUGCUGUGCAAUCCGAUCGGGUAUCAUCCAGGGUAGAAUAUAAUGUCUAGAAUAUUGCAGUCAUGAUGAAGCGCUAGAACCGGGUGGCCAUGCCGCGGGUAAAGAAGACUGGGUAUUUUCACUCUGUUUUUUGAAAAGGACUGAGUCGCUUCUUUAAUGCUGCUUCCGAUGUAACCUACUGUUGGCAGGAAGAACUGCGUGGCUGAAAAAAAUACUGACACGUGGAUUUAUCGUCAAACUCAAGGCGAUCCGUCUCUAAUCACCCGUGUACUUUUUAUCACACGGCAGUAACAUUAUGGAUUGGCCUACACCGUAAUCGAAAGGAAAUGAUACAUCGGUAUCAUCGAUCAAGCGUUUAUUCUUUUCGACUUUCUUCAGUCAUUCCAUAGCCUACUGUGUUGAAUUGUGAAGUGCAGGAGACAGCAAAUCAAAUCGUAUACCUCUUUCGUUGAAUGGCAAUUCUGCAAAAACAUGGAAAGAACUCUAGUCCAGAUUUGGUCUGCCUCAAAGAAAAAAAUCCAGACAAAACCGGGGUCGCUGGAAGUCAUCAGAAGAAGUGGAGUGAACCGAAUACGUACUGGCCAAGACCCCUGGCGCGGGUAUGGACGGUGGUGCUACUGCUGGGGACCUGUCUGCUGUACUGUGCCCGCGUGGCCAUGCCCAUCUGUGCCGUUAGCAUGGCGGAGAAGUUCAACUGGACCAAGAGGGAUCAGGGCAUGGUGCUGGGUAGCUUCUUCUGGGGUUACUGCUUCACACAGGUCCUCGGAGGCUACGUCAGCGACAGGGUUGGAGGUGAGAAGGUGCUCCUCCUCUCUGCGGCGGCCUGGGGGGCGAUGACAGCCUUCACGCCCAUCCUGGCCCACUUCUGCUCUCAGCCCAUCUUCUCCAUGACGCUGGCCCGCUUCCUUAUGGGGUUGCUGCAAGGUGUCCACUACCCGUCUCUGGCCAGCCUGUGUUCUCAGAAGGUGGUGGAGAGUGAAAGAGGAUUCCUCAUGAGCACUGUGGGCAGUGGCUCCUACUUGGGAACACUGGUGAUUGGGGGGGCUGGUUCCCUCAUGCUGGACCUGUAUGGUUGGGAGAGCGUGUUCUAUGUGUCAGGCAUGCUCUCUGUCCUCUGGGCGUACUGCAUGUGGAAAUACCUGCUCAACGGGGAAGGUCCUAUCAUCACAUUGGAGUCACUGGGUAGUGGAGGGCCCCAGUCCAAACUGUCCAGGAGACACUGGCUGCGCCUCUUCAAACAACCUGCUGUCUGUGCUGUGAUUAUUACGCACCUUUGCACGGCAAGCACCUUCUUCACAUUGUUAUCAUGGCUACCAACGUACUUCAAGGACACCUUCCCUGACGCCAAGGGUUGGGUGUUUAACGUUAUCCCGUGGUUUGUGGCCAUCCCCUCUUCACUCUUCAGUGGCUGUCUCUCUGACCACCUCAUCAGCAAAGGUUAUGACACUGCUGCUGUGAGGAAGCUUAUGCAGUUCUUCUCCAUGGGUGUGUCCAGUGUGUUUACCCUCCUACUGUGUGGCACCACCACCUUCCCCAUGGCUGUGACCUUUGUCUCUGUCACAAUGGGUCUCACCACCUUCAGCCACAGCGGUGUGUCUGUGAACGUUCAGGACCUGGCUCCGUCCUGUGCUGGGGCUCUGUUUGGUGUUAUGAAUACCUGUGGCGCUUUUUCAGGUGUGCUGAUGGUUUAUUUCUCGGGGUAUCUGAUCGAGGCUACAGGGUCGUGGGCAUCUGUCUUUGCUCUCAUCACUGUGGUGAACCUGGUGGGCCUGGUCACCUUCCUGGCCUUCGCUGAGGCUCGCCGGGUCGACAUCGACUCUUCUAAGGGCCGCUACCACAACAUCCACAUCUAAGUUCAUACGUUGGGAUAUGGGAACCACAGCUUGCUACCACAACAACCACCUAUAAAACUGAGGGGCCAAAACGGGACCAGGGUCCACACUAUCCACAUCUGAGUCCCUAAAAUAGGACCAGAAACCACAUCUGUCUACCACAGAAUGCACACCGGAGUCUUAACUAUGGGAUGAGAAGAGAGAGAACCUUGGCCUGUUAAACGUAUCAAAACAUCCACAUCAGAAUUUGAGGAAGCGAUAACAGAAGUGAAUGAGUCAGCCCCAGAGCUGUUUGAAAGGCAGCAUGUCAGGUCUUCGUGCUACUACAUAUUAUUUAUAUUGUUUAAAUAACCUUUCUAGUCAAGUGUUUGAAUGUUUGAUCUUCAGCCGUCGUUGGGCUGGGAUUGUGGAGUAGUAGUCAUGGAAACUGGUUUUACACCCAGGUCUGUGUCUAUGUUGGAGGAACACAAGGAGAUGACAGAUGUUUGAGUUGGUUUAGGCAGUUUGACAGUUUUAGACGGAGCAGGAUGUGUGUUUGUGGUUGAGGAGAGAGGCUUUGCUCUGGUGAGACUAUGGGGAAUGAACAAGAAAGGGUUGUUUGGGGGGGGGGGGGGUAUUAGUAGGUGAGACUCAGUCCCUCCCCCAGCCUCAGACAUGACAGUGAGUGACAUCUAAUUAGAAGGGGACUAAUCACCCAUAAACCCACUCUGAUGUAUUGUACAAUUGACCUGCCAUCGUCUUCAUAUCCAUGGUUACAUGCUCGUCAUCUUGUCAGCGUGCCUCACUGCAUUAUGUUUAAUCUCAAGCUUUUACAGAGAGACUCUAGCCUCAACAUACACUUAGCUAGAAGGAUUUGUUUUGUAUUAAAUUGAGAAGACCUAA